UGUCCGGGACAUGCGCCUCGACGACGGAAGCGACUUCUUCCGAUACUUCCGCAUGACGCCGCAAAGAUUUGACCACCUGCUCUCCUUGGUGGGGCCUCUUCUGCAGAAAAAGGCGACUUUCUUCAGGGAGCCCAUAAGCCCUGCAGAACGUUUGUCGUUCACAAUCCGGUGCCUGGUUCAUGGGUCUUCUCAGCAGCUGGCAUCCAUGUGCUACAGGAUCGGACGAUCGACAGCAAGCAACAUCCUACGGGAGACGUGCUGGGCACUGCACCAUGUACUGGACCCAUUGUACCGCCCGGCCCCCGACACUGCCCAGUGGGAGCGGACCGCAGCAGAGUUUGGCAGGCUGUGGAACUUCCCAAACUGUGUCGGAGCCCUGGAUGGCAAGCACGUGGCCAUCCAGGCCCCGUCCGGUGCGGGCUCCGACACCUUCAACUACAAGGGGUUCCACAGCACUGUACUCAUGGCCAGCUGCGAUGCCACUUACAAGUUCACUCUCGUAGAUGUUGGGCAGCCGGGGCGGUUUAGUGACGGGGGAGUGUUCAGAGAGUCUGAAAUGGGGCGGUCUAUGCUGUCGGGGGAACUUGGUCUCCCGCCAGCUGGGCUCCUACCCCAAAAAGAAACCAAGCUGCCUUUUGUAUUCGUGGGCGAUGAGGCGUUCCCCCUGCUCCCUAACCUCAUGCGCCCUUUUCCCAGGAGAGAACUGCAGUUACUCUCUCGAGUGUUUAACUACAGACUCUCCAGGGCAAGGAGGAUCAUUGAGAAUGCCUUUGGCAUCUUGGUGGCGAGGUGGCGCAUUUUCAGACAACCAAUCCAGGCUUCUGAGGAAACCCUGGAGGCCGUUGUCUGGGCAUGCGUCGACUUGCACAACUACUUGAGGGUGUGUGAUGAGAGUGAGCAGGGACAUCGCCGCUACUGCCCUCAAAACUACGCUGACCACGAGAACCCUUUGGGCGGCGUGGUGAGCGGAGGCUGGAGAGCUGAUGUAAAUGAUGGCACUGCCCUGUCAGAUGUAGGUUGCAUCAGCUCGACUGUGCCUGGCGACAGGGCUAAGGCGGUGAGGGACGCCUUCAGCAGGUACUUCUGCUCUCUCACUGGUGAAGUGCCUUGGCAGUACAAUGUAGUGUUCAGGGGCUCAGCACCCAAUGCUUAA